UAAUGGGAGUGGUAAGCAUUUUGUGCUGGUUCAUGGAGCUUGUCACGGAGCAUGGUGCUGGUACAAAGUGGCUACGCUGCUAAGAUCGGCCGGCCACCGUAUCACCGCCCUCGACAUGGCUGCCUGUGGAAUUCACCCAAAGCGGCACGACCAGGUCCCUUCCAUAUCCAACUACUUCGAGCCCUUGAUGGAAUUCAUGGCAGCUCUACCGUCGGAGGAGAAGGUGGUUCUGGUGGGUCAUAGCAUGGGUGGGGUAUCCAUAGCCGUUGCUAUGGAAAGGUUCCCUGAUAAAAUUGCUGUUGCUGUUUUCCUCACCGCUGUCAUGCCUGGUCCGGACUUUGAUUUGCUCACUAUCAAUCAAAAGUUUAAUAGAGAUUUGGAUUCUUACAUGGACUGCAAAUUUACAUUUGAUCAAGGACCAGACAAACCGCCAACCUCGCUUCUCUUCGGCCCCGAGUUCUUAUCAACCAAGUUGUAUCAACUCUCCCCGCCCGAGGAUUUGAGUCUUGCGACCUUGUUGAUGAGGCCCUUCUCUAUUUAUGACGAGAUAGAAUUGGCCAGAGAAAGCAUAGUCACUAAAGAAAAAUUUGGAUCGGUCCCAAGAGUCUAUUUUGUGGGCGACCAAGAUAAGGUGAUAAAGGAAGAGUUUCAGAGGUGGAUGAUUGAAAAUAAUCCGACGGAUGAGGUGAUAGUGAUCAGAAGUUCCGAUCACAUGGUCAUGUUCUCCAAGCCUAAAGAGCUGAGCUCCUACCUGCAGGGGAUUGUCAAGAAGUACUGCUGAUACUUCUCACUUACAAGAUGUUUUGGCUGAGAGAAUAUGAUUUGGAGGCAGUACGUCCUGUACAAAACCAGUGUGCUAGUCGACUAAUAUAGGAAAUAAACACAAUAUAUGCUCAUGCUUCCAUUGUAUUAGCUAGCUAGCUAGCUAGGAUCAUGUGUCCAGCAUAAAAUGUCUCCUUAGCAAGUAUUUAUACCACAAGUACUUGGUACUGAUCACAUGUCCUCUCACCAAAAGUCCCGUUCUAAUCCAAUCUAUCCUAGUAUUGAUCACAUGUGCUUACCUCAAUUUAACUCCCCGCCAAAGAUAUAUUCCCCAAAGCUUUGCCCUACAUUAGUAUUUUCAUGGAGUUACCAAACGAAGUCACACUGUAAAUUAUGAUCCAAUCAGAUCAAGU